AUGGCUGUCCUUGGCUACGCUGGACUUCUGGUCCUCCUUGUGGCAUGUAUAUACUUACGAGGCCGCGGCCGAGGCAAGCUCCCACCAGGGCCCAAAGGAAUCCCCCUUCUUGGGAACGCUUACCAGCUUGGCUCUAAACCACAUCGGCAACUGCAACUCUGGGCCUCGCAGUUUGGCAGCGUCUUCACAGUCCGGCUAGGUUGGGAAAGCUGGGUCUUCAUCAAUGACCCUCCCAGCGUCCGCGAAAUCUUUGACAAACAGUCGGCAGUCACUUCUGGGAGGAUGCCACAGCCUGUGCUCUCUGGCAUCCUCUCGGGCGAGAAUCGCCUCCUCUUGCUCACAUACGGAGAGAAGUGGCGCAAGCUCCGAGCCAUUGUGCACAAGUCACUCACACCCAAGGGUUCUAGCACAUAUAAGCCCGGCCAGGAGUUCGAGGCCAAGCAGCUCAUCUACGACAUUGCAACCGACAACGCGACACAAGAGGACUUUUAUAUGCACGUACGCCGCUACACGACUUCAGUGGUGCUUCUAAGCACGUACGGACUUCGCGUGCCUUCAUGGGAUUGUGACGAUAUCCGCGCCAUUUACGGCCUUCUUCAUGACUUUUCCCAAGCUGCUCAGCCUGGAGCGUAUCUCGCUGAUUUGAUCCCGCCUCUGGGAAAUCUACCAUGGUUCCUGCAGUGGUGGCGACCAAGCGCGACUCGUGCGUACAAGAAGCAAAGGGACACAUGGAUGGGAUACUGGAAGAGGCUUCAAGUUGCACUCAAAGAGAACAGGGCUCCGGAAUGUCUAGUGAGACAGCUGGUUGAGUCUGACCUCAAGAAGCAAGGCAUCUCCGAGGUUGAGGCCGGAUUUGCUGCGGGUUCAAUGAUUGAGGCAGGUUCAGAGACGACAUCAUCUGCUCUCAACAGCGCCAUCCUAUAUCUAUCAGCGCACCCCGAAGUACAGGAUAUAGCAGACGAGGAGCUAUCACGUGUAGUCGGCGACGAGCGAUCCCCCACCUUCGACGAUGAGGCCGACCUCCCAUACAUCCGUGCCAUUGGCAAGGAGAUCCUCCGUAUCCGACCGGUAACGAAUAUCGGAACGCCACACUAUACUACGGCCGACAUCGAGCAUAAGGGAUAUAUUAUCCCGAAGAAUACGGUGGUUUGCAUCAGCCAGUACGUGCUGCACUUUGAUCAAGGCCGCUGGAAGGAGGACGGUGGCCGCUCGUUUGAUCCAUCACGGUACCUGGCGUAUCCCGAAAAGGCCGGCGUGUACGCGGCAUCGCGGGAUGCCAACAGCCGCGACCACUUUGACUUUGGUGCCGGGCGACGGAUCUGCCCCGGGAUGCAUCUCGCUGAGAACAGCCUCUUCAUCACUCUGGCUAAGCUCCUGUGGGCGUUCCGCAUCGAACCCGGCCAAGGGCCUGACGGGAAGCCCAUCCCCGUGGAUCUCUCGGAUGAUGCGUAUGAGCCUGGCGUCAACACGCUGCCCAAGCCCUUCAAGGCCCGGUUCGUUGCCCGGAAUGAGACGAGGGCCCGGGUGCUGCACGAGGAGUGGGCGGUGGCGCAGGAGCAGGGGUUCUGGCUGGGCGAUGUCAAGGUUGACACCAAAGGAGUGGUUGUACAGGACAGUGUCUGA